AUGGCCGGCCACGUCCGUCAGGUCCUACUAUUAUGGAGGCGGCUACUAAGGCGUGCUGCGGGAAGGAGGAGCGUGACGUAUCGAUACCUGCCCCGGCGGACUGCUGAGCUGGGUGCUGUCACCACUCGUAUUAAUACGGGGGAUGGCCUGGGCUUCCUCCCCGCAUCAUCAUCACCACCAUUCUCUACCGCAAUCACAUCACAACGACUACACUUUCUGUCAACAUCCACAGCGUUCAAGAUGCCGUCCUACAUCGUCACCCUCAAGGAAGAUGCUUCCGAUGCCGACCUCGCCGCGGCCAAGAAGAAGGCCACCGAUGCCGGCGCCAAGAUUACCCAGGAGUACAGCCUGAUCAAGGGCUUCGCCGUUGAAUACCCCGAGGGCACUGUCGUUGCGCUCGACCAGGACCCGAACGUGCAGUCUGUCGAGAAGGACCACGUUGUGACGACGCAGUAAACGAGGCGCUUCCUGAUGAUGCUCAUGAUGAUGCCGGCAAGACCUACAUUAGACGGGAAAUAAACAUGGGAUUUUCUCUUUG